AUGAAUAAAAUAAUUUUGUAUAAUAGAAGAAAUCAUGCGACCAAUAUAUGUAUUUUUAAAAAAUUUGAACAUUCCAAAGGCCGGUCUCCUCCUUCUCGGUGUUCUUUGUUAUCGAUCGCCGCACCCAAACUUAACACAAAAAUGUUGUCUGCUGCCAGAUUGAUCGCCCCUGCAGCCAGGUCUGCUAUCUUCAGCAACACAGCCCUUGUGAGGCCACUUGCAGCAGUCCCCACACAAACACAAAUUGUGCCCGCUGCCCCUGCUCAGCUUUCAGCAGUGCGCACCUUCCAGACCACAUCGGUCACAAAAGACAUUGACUCAGCUGCCAAAUUUAUUGGUGCUGGUGCGGCGACAGUAGGAGUAGCUGGCUCUGGUGCGGGUAUCGGAACAGUGUUCGGUUCCCUGAUCAUCGGUUACGCCAGGAACCCAUCUCUGAAGCAGCAGUUGUUCUCAUACGCUAUCUUGGGUUUCGCCCUGUCCGAGGCUAUGGGUCUCUUCUGUCUUAUGAUGGCGUUCUUGCUGCUCUUCGCUUUCUAA